CUGCUGUAUUUGCCCCGACUCACAACCACUGUUGAAUAUCGACAAGCAUAACCACGGAGAAAGUGGGCCGAAGUAUGAAAAAUGUCCUGGUUGUGUCCUUUGGAUUCUUGCUGUUGUUUACUGCGACUGGAAGCCUUCUGAAUCUACAGAGCAGUUUGAACACUGAAGAAGGAGUAGGUGUGGCCUCAGCAAGUGUGCAGUUUGCCUCCAUCAUUCUGUCCUCCAUGUUUGUUGCCCCCUUGGUUAUAAAAUACCUGGGCUGCAAGUGGACCAUUGUUGCUGCGAUGGGAUGCAAUGUUGUGUACACAGUUGGCAACUUCUAUCCAGGAUGGGAAACCCUGCUCCCUACUUCAAUAAUCCUUGGAUUUGGGGAAUCUCCUUUAUGGUCAGCUACAAGCACCUAUCUUACCAUAAAUGGUAGAAAACAAGCAGAGAAGGACAAAAAGAAGAACCAAGAUGUGAUAAACCAGUACUUCGGGAUCUUGUUUCUGCUGUACCAGUCUUCAGCAGUCUGGGGAAAUCUAAUGUCCUCCAUUGUCUUUGGGCAAGACUCAACCUCAGUCAACAUCAGUGAGAGUGAUCUACAGUUCUGUGGAGUGGGUAGCUGUGGCAACAUCAGCGAGGCCCCAAGCAAUUCCACCAGACCACCGGAGAGAUUAGUGCACACUCUGAUGGGCUGCUAUGUUGGUGUAGGUGUGCUGGCCAUGCUCUUAGUGGCUGUGUUUCUGGAUAACAUUGACCGAGAUAUGACACUGGAGUUUAGAAGCAACAAGGAGCCAUUCUGUAGCACUUUCUUGGCCACGUUUAAACAGCUAAAUGAUAGGCGUCAGGUGUUUUUGAUCCCAGUCACUGCCUACAUUGGUCUGGAGUUGGGUUUUCUCAAUGGGGAGUACACCAAGGAAUAUGUGACCUGCGCUUUGGGACUACAUUUUGUUGGAUAUGUGAUGAUUUGCUUUGGUGCCACAAGUUCCCUGUUUUCCUACGCAUUUGGGCGUCUGUCACAAUAUUCUGGACGGGUAGCUCUUUUCGCUUUGGCCACAACCACCCAGUUUACCUGUAUCCUGGGUCUGUUGUUCUGGAGGCCUCACCCAGACCAGCUGCCAGUGUUCUUUGUGUUUCCUGCCCUCUGGGGCCUGGCAGAUGCUGUGUGGCAGACACAAACCAAUGCACUCUAUGGUGUUCUCUUCCAUGGCCAGAAGGAGGCAGCAUUUGCCAACUAUCGCCUAUGGGAGGCUGUGGGAUAUGUAAUAGCAUUUGCUUGUAGCCGGUUUCUCUGUGUGAAUACCAAGCUAUACAUCCUUAUGGGAGUUCUUCUGCUCUCAGUGACACUUUGUUUUUCAGUGGAAUAUGGUGAAUACAUUAGACCUACACCAAGUGAGGACAACACUAUCGAUACGAAACUGGAGAUAAAGAGCACAGAACUCAAUGAGGAUACUGAUACAGAAUGUGAUAAAGUGUUGUAAACAUUGUCAAAUGUACUUAGCCACACUAUGGCUAUCAGCAUGUGUGAGAUUCUUUUUACAAUAAAAAUGUGAAAACCCCAUU